UGGUGCUGUGGUGUGCUGCUGUUGUAACGUUGCUGGCGGCGAAGGUUGCCGUGUACAACGUCAUCAAAUGCUAGUGUCGUUGCAGCCGUAGCCUUUCAAUAUUUCAUGGAGAAUGUGGAGUUAGAAACUAGUCAUUAAAUUUAAAUAAAUAACCGAGCAAGACGUAGAUUUAGAUCUAAUAUUGAUUUUGCAUUUCUUCACCAUGGAGGAUUCAGGUUUAAGAAAGUCGAGCCGUAUUAAAUCACGAAAUAGGACAAGUUAUUUGGAGGAUGAUUUCGAUUAUGAAACUGCAAUGGAUAUUUGUGAUGAUACAUAUGAGGUGAAAUCAGGUCUCAGUAGGGAGGGAGAUGUUAAGAGUAAACCAUCCACCUCAGCCGUGGCUAACCAAGUGAAGAAAAAUUCUGGGGCUAAAAAGCAAACAGUUAAUGGAAAAAAUGAGCAGUUAACAUGCCCUUUAUGUAAAGUUAUUCUAGCAACAGAAACAGAACUGCACAAACAUAUAACUAAACAUAACAAAGAUAAACAGGACAGUUGUGUUGUAUGUCUUCAAUGUUACAAAGUCUGUGUGGACCAGGCUGCCUACAGCAGGCACAUGAAGUCUCAUUCUGGCAACAGGAAGUUCAAGUGCCAGCAGUGUGGGAAGGCAUUUCUUGAAAAAAGCACUUUGAAAAGGCAUACAAGAACACAUAUUCAGGAUAGGCCCUUUACUUGUGAUGUGUGCUUUAAGUCAUUCAGAGAUAACCCUGCUCUGCUUAGGCACCAAAAAAUUCACAGCCAACGCCAAAAGAGUUUUCAUUGUAUUUUAUGUGACAAAAGUUUCACAGAUAAGCAUGGAUUAAAAAGGCAUGAAAAAACCCACAUGGGGCUUCGUCCGUUUCAGUGUCGGGUUUGUUUGAAAACAUUCAGUGAGACUGGAAGCUACAGGCGCCACAUGAAAAUCCACACAGGAGUUAGAAAUUUUACGUGUUCUGUCUGUCAGAAGAGUUUUCUGGAAAAACAGAGUCUCAGAAGACACCAGAGAAAUGUGUGUGGAAUGGCGAACGGUGAUUCCAGUGGCAUUGAUGGGGUCAGCAAUGGUCACCAGUUUGGCAGUAACGAGGAGGACUCAUGCAGUAGCACGAGGUAUAGAAAAGAUGAGCACAGAAGUGAGGGAGAGCUCUACGACAGCGGCACUCGUCAAAAUUCUUCUGACAGCUGUAAUCUGGGGGCAGAAAAAUCUGGAAAUAGUUCAGAUUUUGAAAGUCCCCAACUCAAGGAAUCUCAUACUACUGACAGAGGAAUGUACAGCAUUGGCGUGGCUCCACCAGUUGACGAUGACAAAAGUUCUGUAGAUGAUGGCUUAUCUUUCCGUAGUCUUCUCAAAAGAGAUCCCAAGUUGUUUGGUGAUAUAUCAAAGAUAGUUGAGAGUAUAGGUUCCUAUGAGGAAAUGUUAGACUUGUGUAGUGAAAAAGGUCAGAGCGUGCUGGAUGUCGGACUAAAUUAUGAUAAAGUAGAAGACCAGUUGCUGUGCUUCGAGUGUGGAGAACCUCUUAUAGAAGGGGAUAAUUUUAGAAAAAGUGAUAAGAAAGUGAAAAAUUCAUUGAAGUGUAUGAACUGUGAGGAUGAAAAAGAGGAUUAUGGAGAACCUCCAGUUUUGACAGCUGAAGUCAGUCAUUCAGUAGCUGAUAUUCAGGUGAAAACUGAAAUUAAUCAUUGUUCUGAUACAAAGGCAAUAAGAAAUAAUUUUUUUGAAGAGACUGUUAUAAAAACAGAGCCAGCUGAGUUCAAACAGAAUGUAAUUGUUCCUGAUAAAAUGCCGGAUUCACAAAGUGAUUCAGAAAACCAGAAACAGGUGACAGUGCCCAAGCUGGAAUACGACCACCCAAACAUCCCCUCAGUUUUUCCGUGCCACCUGUGCACCAAAGUGUUUGCCUCCUCCAGCUUCCUCUCCCAGCACCUCGAGCUGCACAGGAAGUCUCCCUACAAGUGCAUGGUCUGCGGGAAAACAUUCACAAACUCUCCUAGCCUCAAACGUCACAUGACAGUGCAUACAGGUGAGAAGCCAUAUACCUGCCCUCAUUGUAGGAAAUCUUUCCGGGAUCCCUCCAACUUCUCAAAACAUAAAAAGACUUGUGUGGUGUGGGCAACAGGCUUAGUUGAUCCCUUACUUUUAAUUAAUGAUGGCAUGGAAAAUAUUAGUCCAAUUCUUACUGAGUUUAAGUAUGAACCUGCACCACUUAUGGAAAUACAAAAAUUUGAGGAAGAAUCUAUAAUGUUUAACUCUACCAAUCAUGAUGAUAAGAAAAGUCUGGCAUGUUUAACAUGCGGGAAAACUUUUGAAAGUCAACAAAGCUUAGACAAGCACAUGAAAAGCCAUAGAUGCAAGGCGAAGAUGACUUGCCCGGAGUGUGGUAAAAGUUUCUCGGAUUCUUUUAGCCUGAAGCGCCAUGUCCGCAUCCACGCCAGCACACGCCCCUUUGUCUGCCAGUACUGUCAGCGCGGGUACUGUGACAACUGGAGCUUAAAGAAACACCAGUCUCGUGGAUGUGUGCUGGCCGAGCUCCUGGUGCCGCCAGACUUCCUUCACCCCUGCACCCAGUGCACCAGGGUGUUCCCUGAUCUGGAAUACUUACAAGAACAUUUAAAAAUCCAUAAAGGUAUUUUGAAAUUUAAAUGUGACGUCUGUUUAAAACGAUUCUCGGAGGCAUUUAAUCUGAAGCGUCAUCAGCGCAUACAUGCGCUUAUUUGUCCUGGGUGCGAGCAGGAAUUUAAAAAUAAACAAACUUUAACUGAACACCUGGUGAAGGAUUGUUCAGGCUCCCCAUUAGGAGUCAGUAAAGACGGGGGCUACGCAUGUCCUCAGUGUAAAAGAACAUACUCAACCAAAUCUUACCUGGAGAGGCAUAAAAGAUUUCACCUGAACUUCAAGCCUCAUGUUUGUGAAUUUUGCAAUAAAAGGUUUACAGAAGCGUUCACUCUGAGACGUCAUGUAAAAACUCACAGCGUCAUCAAACCCUUUAAGUGUGAAGGGUGUACAAAAAGUUUCCUCAACCUGGCUUGUCUAAAACGACACCUUUCUGCUAAUUCUCUUUGUAAGAGCUUACAACCACCUGAAAAAAUAAUUAUUUAUAAUUGUCAGAUCUGCACUAAAACCUUUUCUAAAAAUUACCUUCUCGUCAGACAUAUGAAUGUCCACAGUGAGGAUCGGCCAUUUUCAUGCAACGUCUGUCAAAGAGCGUACAAAGACACCUCCAGUUUAAAACGACAUCUGCUGAUACAUGAGGGGGUUAAAAAUUUCAUCUGCACUGUGUGUGGGAAGGAUUUUUUCUACGCCGACAGCUUGAAGCGUCACAUGAAUGGGUCAUGUGGUAAGAACAACAAAACACGUAGGCCAUGCAAGAAGAAGAAAAAGAAGACCAACAACAAUAUAAAAAUGAAAAACAACAACACGCUGCCAGACGGUGAGGUGAAAAGUACUGAGAAUAAUACGGUGGCUCAGCUAGAGAAAAUAGAUGAAGUUGCCGUUGCAGUUAGUGAGGUUGCUCCAAUCACAUUAAAUGGUAACCAGAAAACAUCUCAUGCCAACAAGUUAUCUAGUAGACAUUUAAAGCGAACCAAAAAUUAUCACUGUCUACAAUGUUAUGCUACAUUUUCUCGCAGACUGUAUCACAAACUACAUAUGAAAACACAUGUUCAUACACAGAAAAAAUAGAUCAUCACUUUAGAUACUUUGUGAUACUUAUUGAAUUAAAUUAUCUGUUUUAAAUGUUGGCUGUGGGAAAGGUGAUUUAUACUGCUAAAUGUGAUAGCAUUCACUGCUGAAUUUGUGUGUGGAUCUAUCUUCAUUUACUGCUGUAUAUGUGGAGCUAUUUACUGCAGUGCAAGGAGUACUACUUAAGUGAUGUGCAAGCUGAUCUAUUUACUGCUGGACAUGUAGAACUAAUUAUUGUUGUGUAUGGGGAACAAAGUACUAUAAUUUGUGAAACUAUUUAGUAUGCAGGAAGAACUAUUUACUGAUGUGCAUGUGAAUCUAUUUACUGCUGUGUAUCAAUACACUCACUGCUGAAUGUAUGAAUGGUAAGAAAAAGUGCAUCAUCACUACAUGUGCAAAAUCACAUGUAGUAAAUCUAGUCAAGUAGUUUUUUUUUUUUUUUAAAUGUUCUUUAUUCUGAAUUGUACUGAUACAGUAUGUAAAGAAAGAUGUUGUUUGAUUUUUUUUUUUUACUUUUUUGUCAGAGAAGACAUUUUAAGGAUUAUUUAUUUUUAAACUAGCAUCACUACAUACCUUAAGCCUUGAAUUUAAGGCAUUGUCAGGUAAAAAAAAAAAAACAGCACAUAACAAUGCAUUGACAUGUCUAUGGCUUUAUGAAAAUAAUUUUACAAAUUAAAAUUAAACUUUCCAUUUUUGUUAACAAUUAUUUUAUUGCUGAUAUUUUUAAUUUUACUCACAUUUUUAAGUUAUAAUAGACCAUUACAAAAAUUAGUCUAUUAUUUACAAUCAUUCAAAAUGAUUAUUGGAACAGAAAUCUCGGUGAUAUAUUUCUUGUACAUAGUUGUUAGAAAAGUCUAAAUAGUUCUUAUCAAUGCUGUUUGUUUCUUUAUGUGAAGAAUUUAUUGUAUAUUUUAUUUUAUCUAAUACAGUUUUAUCUCCUGCCACUCUUAGAUCUUUUAAUUAGUUGCUUCCCUGUCAUCAUUCACUGUGGUGUUCAUAUAAUAUAUUAUAAUAUACUAAGUUGAUAGACAAUAUGUAUUAUUUACAAAUAUUAGCCUUUGUUGGAAUUU